AAUGGGUUCAAAUUCAAACAAGUAUUAAACCAAACUUGUGUUUUUUGCGAGAGAGAGAGAGAGACGAUGUGCGAGAAAGCUGGAGUGAUAGUGAGAAUGCUACAAGGCUGCAACAGCAUGACCAAACUCCGCAAGAUCCAUUCCCACGUCAUCACCAACGGUCUCCAACACCAUCCUCCAAUCUUCGACAGCCUCCUCCGCUUCUGCGCCGUCUCCGUCACCGGCUCUUUAUCUCACGCUCUCCUCCUCUUCCAACAUUCCGAUUCAAAUCCACCGACGAUGGCGUGGAACUACCUCCUCCGCGGCUUCUCCGUAUCGCCCACUCCUCUCUCUUCCCUCCUCUUCUACAACCGAAUGCUCCUCCUCUCCACACGCCCCGACAUCUACACUUUCAGUUUCGCCCUGAAGGCGUGCGAGAAAAUCCGGUCGGUUCCGAAAUGUCGGGAGAUUCACGGUUCGGUUAUCCGGUCCGGUUUUCACACCGACAACAUCGUCUCCACCGGUCUCGUUCGUUGUUACUCUGCGAUCGGAGACGUUGACGUUGCAUCCAAAGUGUUCGACGAAAUGCCUGUGAGAGACUUGGUCUCUUGGAACGCGAUGAUCUCUUGCCUUUCUCACGCUGGUUUGCACCAUCGAGCCUUGAGUAUGCACAAACGUAUGGAGAACGAAGGCGUGCGCGUCGACGCGUACACGAUCGUUGCUCUGUUAUCGUCUUGUGCUCACGUCAGCGCUUUGAACAUGGGUGUUAUGCUACACAGGAAGGCAUGUGAGACUCGCUGUGAAGUAAGUGUCUAUGUGGGAAACGCUCUUAUCGAUAUGUAUGCGAAAUGUGGUAGUCUUGAUAAAGCUGUUGGUGUCUUCGAUGGGAUGCGUAAGAGAGAUGUGUCAACGUGGAACUCGAUGAUUAUUGGGUAUGGAGUUCACGGGUACGGAACAGAGGCUAUCUCGUUCUUUAGAAAGAUGGUGACUUUUGGGGUUAGACCCAAUGCCAUCACGUUCCUUGGAUUGUUGUUGGGUUGUAGUCAUCAGGGUUUAGUCAAAGAAGGAGCUGAGCAUUUUCAAAUGAUGAGUUCGGAGUUUCAUCUGAGCCCCAACGUUAAACACUAUGGUUGCAUGGUGGAUCUCUAUGGACGUGCAGGGGAGUUCGAUAAGGCGCUGGAGAUGAUACACGCGUCUUCAUGCCAUGAAGAUCCUGUGUUGUGGAGAACCCUGCUUGGCUCUUGCAAGAUCCAUAGGAAUUUGGAACUUGGAGAAGUAGCUAUGAAGAAGUUGGUGCAGCUCAAGGCUUUCAAUGCAGGGGAUUAUGUGCUUAUGACUUCGAUAUAUUCUGCAGCGAGUGAUGCUCAAGGUUUUGCUAGCAUGAGGAAGCUAAUGAGAAGCCAUGAUUUACGGACAGUUCCAGGAUGGAGUUGGAUUGAGAUUGGUGAUCAAGUUCACAAAUUUGUGGUUGAUGACAAAGUGCAUCCGGAGUCCGCACUUAUUUACUCAGAACUGCAGGAAGUAGUCCGUCGCGCCAUACUAGCUGGUUACAAGCCAGAGGAGUCAAACGUAACUAGUCCAGGUUUCUCUGAUCGGUGUUUAGGAUCUGCGUUUCACAGCGAAAAGUUGGCCAUUGCUUAUGGAUUGAUGAGAACUCCAGCAGGAACAGCUCUCAGGAUCACAAAGAAUCUUAGAGUUUGCAGAGAUUGUCAUUUGUUUACAAAAUAUGUGUCGAAAGCAUACAACAGGGAAAUUAUUGUAAGGGAUAGAGUUCGUUUUCAUCACUUUGCAGGUGGUCUUUGUUCUUGCAACGACUACUGGUGACAUAUGCUGGAUAUGGACUUGA